AUGCUCUCUAGACAACUUGCUCGUCGCGCCGCGGCUGGCGCUGUCGUCCGGCCACCAACCACCAGAGCCUUUACCACCUCACUCGCCCUCUCGUCAAAACGCACCCCCUCCCUCGGGGACAUCGAGCCAGAGCAGCAGGAAGUAUUCAACAAGAAGCAGAAGGAGUUCCGGUUAAAGCUUGCGGAGGCGCAGAAGCAGCGGGAAGCCAGUGCGUUUGCCUCGUCUUCUUCUUCUUCUUCUUCUUCUUCAACAUCGACCUCCUCUUCCCCCUCCACCUCGGCCUUGGGCCUUGGAAAGCUAAGCACAGGGUCGAGCACCGCUACAGGAACCACUGCCAACGCGGCCGAGCACGAGCCCCCUCGCAAGGCGGGCCCCCUGACGAACCUGAUUUACGGGACAAAGGAGGGCCGCGAGAUGGACGCCCAGAUCGAGGCCAGCUUCAGCCAGGUGCUGGCGCGCGGCAAGUAUGUGCACUCGAUUGUCUUCCACGAGGUCAAGCCCAAGGACGUGGACGAGUAUGUCGAGCUGGUGGGCAAGUGGUAUCCCCGCAUGGCCAGCAUGCCGGAGAAUAAGGUUCAUCUGGUGGGCAGUUGGAGAACGGAGGUUGGCGACUGCGAGACAUUUGUACACAUCUGGGAAUAUCAGCGCUAUCAAGGCUAUCAUGCCUCCUUGAACGCCAUCUCCCGCCACCCGGAAUAUCCAGCCUUUGAAAAGAAGCUCCGCGGCUUGAUUCGCAGCAAAAAGUCCUCUCUCAUGCAAGAGUUCUCGUUCUGGCCAACGACCCCUCCCCGACAGCUCGGCGGCAUCUUUGAGCUGCGCUCCUACACGCUCCACCCCGGUAACCUUCUCGAGUGGGAGACGCACUGGAGGCGCGGACUCAAGGCCAGGCGCGAGGUGAUGGAAGGUGUGGGAGCCUGGUUUGUGCAGAUUGGCGAUCUCAACACGGUGCACCACCUCUGGCAGUUUGCUGAUCUCGAGGAGCGCAAGAUCCGCCGCGAGAAGAGCUGGAGCCAGGAGGGCUGGGCCGAAACAGUGCACAAGACGGUACCCCUGAUCCAGGAAAUGAAGAGCAGGAUUCUGGUGCCCAUGCCUUGGUCUCCAGUGGCCUAA